AUGCCGGUCAAGCAUAGUACCCUGGACUGCACCGCGCAAGACUCCGGCGCCUGGCUGCAGAAGCACUUGGAAAUCCUAUCCUAUCUGCAGAGGCAGACAAUGGCACCGGCAAAGUGGCACCCACUGCCCGAGGCGGUGGCGCGGGCAGCUCGGGCGCCAGGAGGGCGGCUCUUACCCGGAGGCUGCCGAGCUGUAGGCGGUCGGCCCCGGCGGCGUCUGGAAUCCAUCGGGCGCUGCCGGGCUGCGCGCACCCUCGGCUGCUGGUUCGGGCUCAUGUUGCUGGAGGAACCGGGUGGGAAGCACGCGGCCGCGGUCGCCCGGGUAGAGCAGGCGAGCGACUCCCCGCAGGAGUGUGAGCCGCGACGGGGGGCUCGGCGCCCUGGCUCCUUCUGGGCUCCCCGCCGGCUCCGUAGGCAGCCACGAUCGGCACCCGGGGCGAGCUGCGGUGGAGUCGCGGCGGGAGCCCAGGCCGCUGCGGACCCCGCGAUCCCGCAGUCGGCGACUGGAGCCCACCUCUGCAGAGACAAAGCCAUCCGAGGAUUCAGCAAGCACCAAAGCCAUGGAGGGCAGAUGCUGGAUGUGCUAUCUUGUGCACUGUAUUAAACACCACGUUAUCACACACGUGAAUGGGCAAGCUGGUGUUCCUUCCCUGGUCAGGAAGUUUACAUCGCCCUGUAUGUGUGAAACUGGGUAGAGAGAUCGUUCAGUUCUAAAACAUUCUAGAAACUAAUCUCAAUUUGUCUCCACAUCAUCUCCCCUCCACCCAAAUAAAAGCAGACUUUAUCACC